AUGACCGCCCCAGCAACCCAAUCUUCCAACGACCAACUACUUACACAACCUCAGCAAGCAAUCCAGCCCCCUUCUCCUGUGCUUGGUUUCGAUUUUGCUGGCGACACAUCACUCCCAGAUUUCAACCGCGAUCUUGACGAGCUCAUCGCCGCCAUGUCGCAACGUGCUAAUGGAGAGGCGCGCACGCCCGGAGGACGUAACCGUCGCUCAGAUCGCCUCAGUCAAAAGGCAAACUCUGUUGUUGCAGAUUCAGUUGUCACCAAUGCCACAGCUUCCGCCGCAGCGAAACGUACUACAACCACUUUAACCAAGGUCGCCAGUCGCAGAUCAAAUGCCUAUGGCGCGAGCGGUCGUACUGGUGCCCCAGAUAAGCUUCCAGCCGCUCCUGCCACAGGAUUCGCCCAGGCUAUGGAAAACCAGAUGGAGAAGUACGCCGACGAUGAGGAAGAGGAGGACCGUCAAAGCGAACAGCGAAAUCACGAAGAUGAAGGCGUGGAGGAACUUGGAAGUGAGCGCCAGUCGCGCUUCAUCAGGCAAAACCGCAACAGCCCCGCAUCGAAGUCAAAGGUCACUCCUGGCUACUCCUUCAUCGACAGUGAUGACUUCGACCACAGCGAUGAUGAUCUGGCGGCGUCUGUCGGCAAUACCACCAAGUCGUUCGGUCUUGCCCACGAGGCUGGUAUGCUAGUGUCCCAGGAUCCAUUCAUGGGCUCGCCUUUCGCCAAGCCUGCAGCAUCGAGCCGUAAACCUGACCUUACAACAUCUACCAACAACACAAAGUCGAACGGCGUCACUCACGAGGCUGCUACUUCGGGCGCACAAGAUCCGUUCGUCAGACCAGCAGUACCUAGUCGCAGACCUGCCAGUCGCACUGUAAAUGGAGCAAGGACCCAAGGACCUACCCCUGUUUUAUCUCAAAGUUCGGUCCGUAACAGGGCUUCAGUCCAGGCUCAGGUUCCUACUCCUGCCGAGAAUGCUAUCAAGGCACCCAUCCAAGGACAGUCCCAUAUCAGGGCAAACGUGCAGCGACCUACCGUACGCGCUCCGUCAGCUGAAAACGAAGGAUCUGUAAGAGAUCUAAUCGUCGAGGAGCAGACCAGACUUCAACAACAAGGCCCGCCAUCGCAGUCACAGCGACAGUCGGAGCGACGCCGCCCGCACCAAAAGGACAGAGUCGAGCUCAACGCAUGGCUUGGCGAUGUUGAACCAGAUGAGGUUGACGAGCCGGUAUGGGAAUGGAAAAAGCUUAUGAUUUGGGCGUUUGGUGGAUUGGCCGGGUUACUGCUGUUGAGCUACCUUAUCUCUUCUGCCACGGUGGCCACACCGUUCCCCGAAUCAGCCGUGCGAACGCCUGGAUUGGUGAAGGCUGUUGGCGCUCGAGUCAGCCACACGUAUGAGAAGAUUACCGAGUUCAUCCUCCCUCCGACCGAGCACAAACUCACCGAAGCUGAGCUGGCUCAAGCAUAUAAGAACAACGGUGACGACAACCUCUUAUGGGGCCGCAUGUCCAACAUCGACAAGCGGCUUACGCAGCGCGUAGAGGAUGUUCGUACAGAUAUGCGCACGACAAUCGAGGAUCUCAAGCAGGAGCUUCCUGAAGUCAUGAUUGUCCGCCGUAAUGAGGAUGGCUCUUCUGAAAUCACGGACGACUUCUGGAUGGCACUGACUGGCAAGACACGUUCGAGCAUGGGCGACAAAGAGUGGGCGCGCUACAUUGAACAAACCAAGACCAAGCUCGGCGAGCUUUUCGACACCACGGCCCAGCAGGAACGCAGCCACACUGAGAGCUGGCCACAGGCGGUCUCUCGUGAUGAGUUCGUCACCUUCAUGGAGCGCCGUUACGAGAACUUGACUGCUCAAGUCGACAAGAAGAUCGACGAAGCUAUCCGAGCCCAGAGCGCUCAAUUCAAGACGAUGGUGCAAGCAGAGGCUCGAAAGACCAUGAUGGACCAAAUCCGACUCAACUCUCUAGCGCAAGCCAACCUCGUCGCAAAUUACGAACUCCACCUCACCAAACCCAACUACUUCUCGCCUGGUCUAGGCGCCGUUGUCGAUCCAGACAUGUCAUCCGUAACAUACAACGACCGAGCUGGUCGACUCCACGGACUCAUCCGCCGCUGGACCUUCGUCCCUAAUCGCAACCCACCCAUGGCAGCGCUGACAAAGUGGGAAGAGCCAGGCGACUGCUGGUGCUCUGCCGGCCAAGCACCCGUUUCAAGCGGCCAAGCCCAACUCACCGUCAAAAUCCCACGUCCCGUGAUCCCCAAGCAGGUCACCAUCGAGCACGUCCCCAUGAGCAUGAUGCCAGCGCGCAACAUCUCCAACGCGCCCCGCGACAUCGAGCUCUGGGUCCAGACAGACGCGCCCAUCAACCCCUACUACUCCCACCGCCAGGUAACCUGCCGCGAUCCGCCACCACCCAGCUUCGACGGCCCCGCCUGGAAGUGCCUCGGAUCAUUCAAAUACAACAUCCACGCGUCCAACCACCUCCAGACGUUCGACCUCGCUGGCGAGCCGUCCGAACCCGUUUCGAAAGCCAUGGUGCGUGUGACGAGCAAUUGGGGUGCUAGUCACACGUGCCUGUACCAGGUCAGGCUACACGGGACGGAUGCAGAAAAGGACUUUGAGUACCCUGUGAGCCUAAUGGACUAG